CUCCGUCGACCUGCCUCUACUUCCAGAUCGAAGAUGGCGGUCUCUGUGUUCCGCGGCGUGCGGCUGCUCUCUAUCGGAGACGCGAAUGGAGACAUACAGCGACAUUCAGAGCAGCAGCCGCUGCGGCUAGAAGUGAAAACCUCACAAGAUGCUGCCCUCAUCAAUCUCUCCAAUGGAGAGGAGACGAGUGUGUUCAAGUGUUCAGUUUCUCGUGACACAGAGUGCAGCCGCGUAGGGAAGCAGUCGUUCAUCAUCACUCUGGGCUGCAACAGUGUGCUGCUGCAGUUCUCCUCGCCCGCAGACUUUCAGUCCUUUUAUAACCUUCUGAAGAACUGCCGGGGGCAUGCUGGUGAGCACUCCGUCUUCAGUGAAAGAACAGAGGAGUCCUCUGCUGUACAGUAUUUCCAGUUCUACGGCUACCUCUCCCAGCAACAGAACAUGAUGCAGGACUAUGUCCGGACAGGAACCUACCAGCGGGCCAUUCUGCAGAACCACACGGACUUCAAGGACAAGGUGGUUCUGGAUGUGGGCUGCGGAUCAGGAAUCCUGUCGUUCUUUGCGGCCCAGGCUGGAGCCAGGAAGGUGUAUGCAGUGGAGGCCAGCACCAUGGCUCAGCAUGCUGAGGUGCUGGUGAACAGCAACCGUCUGAGUGAGCGGGUGGUGGUGAUCCCCGGGAAGGUGGAGGAGGUGUCACUGCCAGAGCAGGUGGACAUCAUCAUCUCAGAGCCGAUGGGCUACAUGCUGUUCAACGAGCGCAUGCUGGAGAGCUACCUGCACGCCAAGAAGUUCCUCAAACCCAGUGGUAAAAUGUUCCCCACCAUCGGAGAUGUGCACCUGGCUCCCUUCACAGAUGAACAGCUCUACAUGGAGCAGUUCACCAAGGCCAACUUCUGGUAUCAGCCCUCGUUCCACGGCGUUGACCUCUCUGCUCUGCGGGGAGCUGCAGUGGAUGAGUACUUCCGCCAGCCCAUUGUGGACACGUUUGAUAUCCGCAUCCUGAUGGCCAAGUCAGUUAAAUACACGGUGAACUUCUUGGAGGCCAAAGAGGAGGAUCUCUACAGGAUAGAGAUUCCUUUCAAGUUCCACAUGAUGCACUCUGGCCUGGUACACGGCCUGGCCUUCUGGUUUGAUGUGGCCUUUAUGGGAUCAGUGAUGACCGUGUGGCUGUCCACAGCCCCCACAGAGCCCCUCACCCACUGGUACCAGGUGCGCUGCCUGCUGCAGUCGCCCCUCUUCGCUAAAGCUGGGGACACGCUGUCCGGCACGGCCAUGCUGGUAGCCAACAAAAGACAAAGCUACGACAUCAGUAUUGUUGCCCAGGUGGACCAGACCGGAUCAAAGUCCAGCAACCUCCUGGACUUGAAGAACCCCUUUUUCAGGUACACAGGCACCACCCCUAACCCCCCUCCUGGCUCACACUACACCUCCCCCUCUGAGAACAUGUGGAACACAGGUGCCACCUACAGUAUGAGUCAGGGGAUGGCUGGAUCAGGGAUGCCAACAGCUUAUGACCUCAGCACAGUCAUUGGAAGCGGCCCAGCAGUGUCUCACAACAACCUCAUCCCUCUAGUAAACACAGGGAUAGUGAACCACACCCACUCGAGGAUGGGCUCCAUCAUGAGCACAGGAAUAGUCCAAGGGGCCACAACGGGCCAGUCGGGCCCCAGCAGCAGCGGUACCUACUAUCCCAUCACCAACCAAUUCACCAUGGGGGGUGCUGCCAUCUCCAUGGCGUCCCCCAUGGUCAUCCCCAGCAACACCAUGCAUUAUGGCAGUUAAAGUGAAGAUCUUGUAAAGACAUAUCGGACCCUCUGUCCCUCCCCGCAUGACAGGAACCUCCCCCCCCUGCCUUCACCAUUCACAACCAAAACCAGGAAACCAAAACUAGUGCUGUGCUGGCAUCCCCUGCCCUGUCCAUCCGUCCACGCCUGUCUUGCUGAAGACUGAGGCGUCCCAGUAGUCCUCCCUGUGGAGCUCCUCCAGUAUCUACCGUUAUCACAGUCCAUCCACAUACUGCUCCUGCUCUGCUCUGUUUUUAACUGUCGGGACCUUUUAAGUUGUUGUCUUCACCAUUCUGUCUAACCCUGACCCCCUCUGCCUUGGGCUUCUGUCUUCCUGUUUCCAUGGUGACCCUCGUCUCCGGGCCCACUCAGCAGAACGCAGACCGUCCCAGUCCGGUACUCACCUCCAGCUUGUUUUCUAAUGACAUGCAGCUUCGAGACCUUUAGGAGACCCAUGCUGGUCACCUUCCAUGCUGAGUGAUGCUGUCAGGCCUCUGAACAUGUCUGCUGUUAGCAUUAGCUCUCUGUGCUCUACCACAUGACCAGUCUAUAGAAGCUGGCGGAUCUACAGAUGUUAUUUAAAACGAUAUGAGGUGAAGCUGCUUCAAAUGUUCCUCUAGACUCACCAGGCAGGAACUAAAUAUCUGUAUCAAACCUAAAAGAUUUACCAUGAAGCAAAACCCACAGCAGCGUUGGUGCACUUAAUUUUUAUAUAUCAACCCUAAUAAUCUUCACUGUAGGAACGAACAGGGUUUUUUUACCUGCAUUCUUUACUAGCAGCAGCAGGGGGCAGUGUUCAACAACUGUUUUCAUAUAGACUCAAAUGUCAGGUGAUGCUUCUGGUUUUAAACUUAAUUUAAUCUGCUGAUGGUGAACAGAUCAUCUAGAAGGAAACCUUUAAAUUGAUGAAUAGGCUGUUUUGUGAAACUGUAACACAAACUGUUUCCACUUGUGGUGAGUGGGGCUGGAUGGGCAUACACUGCAAAAACAUAAAGUCUAACCAAGCAUCUUUCUCCAGUUUCUAGUGAACAUAUUUUUGACAGAUUAUUUCACUUAUAACAUGGGAAAAUGUCAUGCUGUAAGUGAAAAAAUCUGUCAGUGGAACUAUUACUUUUUCAAAUCAAUAUUAAGGAAUGAUUGACUUAAAACAAGCUCCUAUAGCUUGCUGAAUAAGUACUUUUAAGUUAAUUUUGUUGUAUGCAAAUGUACAAAAAUAUCUGUACUAGAAACUAGACAUAGAUACUUUGUUAGACUUCGCUUUUGCAACUUAAGAGCUUGAUGGGUUUGACGAUUAAGGCAUGAAGUUGACCAAACAGUGACAUGGAGCUACAGUCAAAUAGCCAGAUAUAUAUAUAUAUAUAUAUAUAUAUAUAUAUAUAUAGCUACUGAAACUUCAUAUCAGUGCUGGUAAACAAAAUCCAAAACAUAAAAAUACAACAA